GUGUUAGUCAAUGAACGAUUUAGCUCAUAGCUCAUUACGAUCUGCCCUUUGUUUGUUCAUGUUGUGGUUUGUGUUGUCCGACUCCGAUCAGAUUAGGGGCUUUAGGGCACGGAUAUCAAAUUGUUCUGACCCAUCGAGCGAUCGAUCAGUUGUAGCGCUUGUUUAAUUGAUUUUGUUCGGUUAUUUCUUCGAGGAUUCUAGGUUUUGGCCAUGGCAACCGUACCAGGGGUAGACGCACGGGCAGGUCCAUCCCUCCCUCCAGCCAAGAGGUCAUAUCCCGAGGAGGAAGAGUGUGUUGACCGUGAGAUUGUCAAGAAGAAUCGCAUCGAGGAGAAUAUGCCGAAGGUGGAGGAAGAUUCAUCGGAGGAGGAUGAUAUGAAAGUUAUAGAGUACGAGGACUCGGAUGAUGAUGAGUUAUUGGAUGAGAAUGACCUCCAGGAAUACUACCGAGCAGUUGCCGAGAGUGAGGGCUAUGAUUGUGGAGAUUUGAGUAAGUAUAAGUUCCAGUACUGGAUGCUAGCCCCAAUGCCCAAGGCUAAGCAUGAAGACAUUAAAGGAUUUGUCGUGGCAGCUCUUAAUGGGUACAACAUGGACAAGGGAACGCAGCUAGUGUUCGAGAGCAUCGAGAAAGCUACCAUAGCAAUGUCAGGUGUAGCGACAUACUAUAUCACCUUCGUGGUUAAGGACCCGGAGGAUGGUGAUCACCCCAAAACCUUUCAGUGCUGCAUCCAUGAAAUGCUUCAGGGUUUCGAGGCUGAGCAGAUUAGGCCGAAACCUCCUGCUGCCUAGUCGUGCGUCUUUUUGGCUAAGGGAGUCCUCGUUGCUCCUCUUUUUGGCACUUACAAGUGGAGACGACGGGCUCGAUGUUAAUUUGAUGAAGUUAGAAGAAAGACAACCUGAAUAGUCGAUAGAUGGACAAUAGCAGAAUGUUAUGUCGUUAACUUUUUGAUGAAUAAAUUAAUUUUGUCUUUAGCCACUUGUUCCUUUUAGUCGAAUGGACCUUACAGUUAAUUA